UCGAACUAUCAGUAGGCAUACACAUCAGUAAAAUUUAAGGAAACACUGCAGACAUUGGCCAUCCAGGGAAACUCCAGAAGGUGGGCUUGCAAGAGAUGUCCCUGGCAGUCCUGUUCAUUUAUUCUUAAAGACCAGUGGAGAAUACCAUCCAUCUCAAGGGCCAACGCAGACAGCAACAACCAUCGCCAUGAAAGUCAAACUGAACAAAGUUUCUGUGUUUGCAGUCUUGGCGGGUGUUAUAAGUUUCACCUUCCUGGUGGCUGCCCUGGCCACAGACUUUUGGUACCAAAUUGAUGCUUCAGGAUUGGAGGGCUUCACCAACCUUACAGGUAGCGUGAAGUUCCAUAGAGGACUCUGGAGGACUUGCCAAUUUAAUAGGACAUGCCUCCCUAUGGUAAACCCGUUCAAGUCUAAGACUGCAAACAUGACAACUUCGCGUAAGAAUGUCCUGUACCUUCAUGGGGCAUUUGUGGUCCUGUUGCCUCUAAGUCUCAUCAUCAUCAUCUUGGGAGGAAUGGCAGGUAUCCUUAGCAUCUUCACCCAAGCCUUCUGCCUUAUGCUGUUCACCGGGGUGCUCUUUCUUCUAGGAGCUCUCGUUACCCUCCUUGGGGUGAACAUCUACAUCGCUUAUUCCGCUGCCCUCUUCAAGCACGUCGCAUCAUUUCAGGGGAGGAAGAAGUUCAUGGAAAAUCUCAACAUCCAGUUUGGCUGGUCUUUGGCCUUUGUCUGGGUCUCCAUCGGCGCUGACCUUCUCACCGGGUUGGCCUUCAUUCUCAUGGCCAAGAUGGUGGGCCAGAAACGACGGUGGGACAAUUUCAUUUGAGGGUAUGGGAGAUGGUGCUCUUUCCUGCUCUCUCCAUCCCUGCCCCCUAUCUCUUUCUCAUCACUGCUUUGAUCUAAGUUGAAGUCAUGCUUCAGGGGUUUUUGCCACUGCUACCAUGUUUCCCCGAAAACAAGACAGGGUCUUAUUUUCUUUUGACACCCCCCCCCGAAAUAAA